UGUGUUGCAAACCCCAAUCAAGAAAUCAUGGUCACUCUCCUGAUCUUCACUUUCCUGCUGAAUCAAGCAUUCGUCUCGGCUCAGACUUGUGGUUUAUCUGCGAUUGCUCAACAUAAUCGCAUUGCAGGUGGUAGUGAGGCCACUCCUCACAGCUGGCCUUGGCAGGUAUCUGUGCAAUACUACAAUUCGACGGCAAACGCAUGGUACCACUUAUAUAGUGGAACCCUAAUCGCCCCACAGUGGGUUCUCACAAGUGCCGGCUAUCUCAAACUGAACUAUUAUAUGCGAGUUGUGCUUGGCAAGCACAAUAUAUACCAGAAGGAGGCUGGGGCAAUUGUUUCAGAAGUCUACCUAACUGCUUACCAUUCCGGAUUUAACUCCAGCUUUGAAAAUAACAUUGGAUUGAUUAAGCUGAAAGAACCGGUGACGCCGGACACUGGAAUACAGUUCGCCUGCCUUCCCAGUGACAACGAGCGACUGUCAUCGACAAGCAAAUGCUACGCCAUCGGCUGGGGCUCCAAAGAAAAAGCGACCUAGCGACAAAUGAUAGCUCAAUUAAAUGGUUUAUCGCGUGGAAAUUUAGAGCAGCCCAAUACUCCAAACGAAUGUCGAUUCCAAAUGUGGAGUGAAAAACUGCAGGACCUGAAGAAAAAUCCACGCGAUUACGGGGUGAACAUGCAAACUCGAAAAAUACAGGCAUCAGGGUUGGGACUGAACCCACGACUUCUUGUUUACAAGGCGAGGUAGUUAACAUCUCGCUACCAGUUUCAUCAAAUCUUGUUUGACAUGCGUUGUAUUUAAUUUUGACAGUGAUCGCUUUUGUUUUUACGUUUUCUGCAAUUUUAAAGUAACAAAGAUAUUUUAUCUCACACUGAAACACUUUUUGUUGUCUCAUGGCACAUGCACCUUGGUGGCACUGGUAAGAGCGAACAAAUGGGAAGAUGUUAUUUUAACUCUCAGUCUGAAGUCAACUUCGCUAAACGUCUCUGUAGUAUUAAUAAAAUGACUACAGCAAUGCCUCGCCAACUGCGGAGGUUAGAUUUCUGGUAAAUGCCACAGGAGGGAAAUCCGCGGUUGGUAAAGUUCAGGGCCUAUGGGAAAUAGGGGGUUAGGGGUACCACGCCCACGGUCAGACUCGUCAUAGCUUCACUAAGUUGCCUGUUUAUGAACUAAACACCGAAUAAAAUAUAGCAAAUUACACACCAUACUCUUUGGUUCUUUCGGUAAAGUCACGAAGGUAGAUUUCUACCUACGUGACUCCGCGGUUGUUGAGGGAUUGCUCUAUGUAGAAAUUAUUGUGGUAACACCGUCCAAAAACCGGCCUGGUUAACAUUACUAUCAUCCUUCCACGGUUAAUUACAUUUGUACCAGGAUGGAGGGCAGACUAUUAAGAGAGGCAUUGAAGUGGACACCCAAAGGUGGGGGACGAAGGUGUUGUCUCUGGAGGUCAACUGGUAACUCUACAACAGUGGCAGGAUCUAACAUAACCAACGGCCAGGCGUUGAGGGGUCACCUGCAUUCAUCUGUUGUGUGUUGAUCUUUGUGGACACUGCUGCAGAUUUCCGAAACCCUGCAGCGGUGUGCACCUAUGAAGACAUUCGUAACUUUGCAUAAUGCUGUUACAGAUGAGAUUUCACAUCGUGGUAGAAUUCCCUUGCACCUCCCUUAACUUAGAAUGUGUUGCCGUGUUUGGUGCAGCUUCUUGUUGAAUGCUUUUUGAAAAAUGAAAACUUUUGUGACUCGACUGCAUACUGUACAAUAUAGCUAUGAAUUAUAUAUUGUAAAAGGGUUGUAACUGAGUUUUAUUUGUAAUUUUCCCGAUAUA